GAGGAUCAAAGGUCAAUGCGUGGAAACGUGGCUGUUUUUAAGUGCCUCAUUCCUUCUUCAGUGCAAGAAUAUGUUAAUGUUGUAUCCUGGGAGAAAGAUACAGUUUCUAUCAUCUCUGAAAAUAGGUUUUUCAUUACUUUCUAUGGUGGAUUGUACAUAUCAGAUGUCCAGAAGGAAGACGCCCUGUCCACCUAUAGAUGCAUUACAAAGCACAAGUAUAGUGGGGAGACGCGGCAGAGCAAUGGUGCCCGCUUGUCUGUCUCAGACCCUGCAGAGUCUAUCCCAACCGUUCUAGACAGUUUCCAGGUCCAGGAAGCAAAGAUGGGGCAACUGGUGGAAUUGCCAUGCAUUGCCUCUGGAUACCCGAAUCCUGCCAUCCGAUGGGUAAAGGAUGGAAGGCCCCUGCCUACUGACAGUCGAUGGACCAAGCGCAUCACAGGCCUGACGAUCAGUGGUUUGCGGGUGGAAGACAGUGGGACCUACAUCUGUGAAAUCACAAACACUUUUGGGUCUGCUGAGGUCACUGGGACCCUGACAGUAAUCGAGCCACUGCGGGUCACCCUAACACCAAAGAAGCUAAAGACUGGAAUUGGAAGCACCGUUAUCCUCUCUUGUGCGCUUUCUGGCUCACCAGAAUACUCCAUCUGUUGGUUCCGCAAUACAGAGCUGGUGGUUCCAGACGACUUUGUCUCCAUCCGGGGAAUCCACAAUGAGACGCUGCUCAUCACAGCUGCCCAAAAGAGCCACUCAGGGGCCUAUCAGUGUUUUGCCACCAGAAAGAUUCAGACAGCUCAGGACUUUGCUGUGAUUGUCUUGGAGGAUGGGACCCCCCGGAUUGUCUCCUCCUUCAGUGAGAAGGUGGUGAACCCUGGUGAGCAGUUCUCCCUGAUGUGUGCAGCCAAGGGUGCCCCUCCCCCCACGAUCACUUGGUCCUUGGACGAUGAGCCCAUCCAGAGAGAUGGCAGCCACCGCACUAACCAGUACACCAUGUCUGAUGGCACCACUGUGAGCCACAUGAAUGUGACAGGCCCACACAUCAGGGAUGGAGGCGUCUACCGAUGUACUGCGCGGAACUCGGUGGGCAGUGCCGAAUACCAAGCGCGAAUAAACGUAAGAGGCCCUCCCAGUAUCCGUGCCAUGAAGAACCUUACAGCUGUGGCAGGCCGGGACACCUUCAUCAACUGCAGGGUGAUUGGCUACCCCUAUUACUCAAUCAAGUGGUAUAAGGACUCAUUGCUCCUGCCAGACAACCACCGACAAGUGGUCUUUGAAAACGGCACUCUCAAGCUGAUGGAUGUCCAGAAGGGGAUGGACGAAGGGGAAUACCUUUGCAGCGUCCUCAUUCAGCCGCAGCUCUCCAUCAGCCAGAGCGUCCAUGUCACUGUGAAAGUUCCUCCUCUUAUCCAGCCCUUUGAGUUCCCCCCGGCCUCCAUUGGGCAGCUCCUGUACAUUCCAUGCGUGGUCUCUUCGGGUGACAUGCCGAUCCGCAUCACUUGGAGGAAGGAUGGGCAGGUGAUUGUCUCAGGCCCUGGCAUCACCAUUGAGAGCAAGGAGUUCAUGAGCUCCUUGCAGAUCUCCAGCGUCUCCCUGAAGCACAAUGGCAACUACACCUGCAUUGCCAGCAAUGCUGCUGCCACCAUUAGCCGAGAGCGGCAGUUGAUUGUGCGAGUGCCUCCUCGUUUUGUGGUCCAGCCCAACAAUCAGGAUGGGAUCUAUGGCAAAGCUGGGGUCUUGAACUGUUCAGUGGAUGGGUAUCCCCCUCCCAAAGUCAUGUGGAAACACGCUAAAGGCAGUGGGAACUCUCAGCAGUACCACCCUGUCCCCCUGACAGGCCGCAUCCAGAUCCUGCCAAACAGUUCGCUGCUCAUCCGGCAUGUUUUAGAAGAAGACAUCGGCUAUUACCUGUGCCAGGCCAGCAAUGGGGUUGGGACAGACAUCAGCAAGUCCAUGUUUCUCACCGUGAAGAUCCCAGCUAUGAUCACCUCUCACCCCAACACCACCAUUGCCAUCAAGGGCCAGGCUAAAGAGCUGAAUUGCACAGCUCGUGGUGAGCGCCCCAUUAUCAUUCGUUGGGAGAAAGGGGACACUGUGAUCGAUCCUGACCGAAACAUCCGAUACACCAUUGCUACGAAGGAUAAUAGUGACGAGGUCAUCUCUACCCUCAAACUGAAGCCUGCUGAACGAGGAGACUCUGUUUUUUUCUCCUGCCAUGCGAUCAACUCCUAUGGUGAAGACCGAGGACUUAUUCAGCUUACUGUACAAGAGCCACCAGACCCUCCAGAACUGGAGAUCCGAGAAGUGAAAGCCCGGAGUAUGAACUUACGGUGGACUCAGAGGUUUGAUGGCAACAGCAUCAUCACAGGUUUUGAUAUUGAGUACAAGAAUAAGUCUGAUUCUUGGGACUUUAAGCAAUCCACCCGGAACAUCUCUCCCUCCAUUAACCAGGCCAAUAUUGUGGACCUCCACCCGGCCUCCGUAUACAGCAUCCGCAUGUUUUCGUUCAACAAGAUUGGCCGCAGUGAGCCAAGCAAGGAUCUGACCAUCAGCACAGAGGAAGCAGCUCCUGAUGGUCCCCCACUAGAUGUCACCUUGCAGCCAAUGACAUCCCAAAGCAUCCAGGUCACCUGGAAGGCCCCAAAGAAAGAACUCCAGAAUGGGGUUAUCCGGGGCUACCAGAUUGGCUAUCGAGAGAACAGCCCAGGAAGCAGUGGGCAGUACAGCAUUGUGGAGAUGAAGGCCACGGGGGACAGUGAAGUCUACACCCUUGACAACUUGAAGAAAUUUGCCCAGUAUGGUGUGGUGGUGCAGGCCUUCAACCGGGCAGGCACUGGCCCCUCGUCUAGUGAAAUCAAUGCCACCACACUGGAGGAUGUUCCCAGCCAGCCCCCUGAAAACGUGAGGGCCUUGUCCAUCACCUCUGAUGUGGCCGUCAUCUCAUGGUCCGAACCCCCUCGGAGCACCCUCAAUGGCAUCUUGAAGGGCUAUCGGGUCAUCUUCUGGUCUCUCUACAUGGAUGGUGAGUGGGGGGAGAUGCAGAAUGUCACCACCACUCGGGAGCGAGCAGAGCUGCGGGGCAUGGAGAAGUUCACCAACUACAGUGUGCAGGUUCUGGCCUACACCCAGGCAGGUGAUGGGGUCCGCAGCAACGUCCUCCACAUCCAGACUAAAGAAGACAUUCCUGGUCCUCCUGCCGGGAUCAAAGCGGUGCCUUCCUCUGCCAGCAGCGUUGUGGUAUCUUGGCUGCCACCCUCAAAACCUAAUGGGGUUAUCCGGAAGUACACCAUUUUCUGCUCCAGCCCAGGCUCUGGCCAGCCGGCUCCCAGCGAAUAUGAAACAAGUCCGGAGCAGCUUUUCUAUCGCAUUGCACACCUGAACCGCGGGCAACAGUACCUGCUCUGGGUUGCCGCUGUCACCUCUGCAGGGCGGGGCAACAUGAGCGAGAAAGUCACCAUUGAGCCUGCUGGAAAAGCUCCAGCCAAGAUCAUCUCAUUUGGGGGCACAGUUACCACCCCUUGGAUGAAAGAUGUACGACUGCCAUGCAGUUCAGUGGGGGAUCCCCUCCCAGCUGUGAAGUGGACUAAAGACAGUGAUGAUUCGGCUAUUCCGGUCAUUUUGGAUGGUCAUCGUCAGAUCCAGUCCAACGGCACCCUGAUUCUGCGUUCUGUGAAAGCAGAGGACUCAGGCUAUUACACUUGCACUGCCACAAAUACCUGGGGAUUUGAUACCAUCAUUGUCAACUUGCUGGUGCAAGUCCCUCCAGAUCAGCCCCGGCUGAUGGUGUCCAAGACUUCGGCUUCAUCUAUCACCUUGGCAUGGAUCCCUGGUGACAAUGGUGGCAGCUCCAUCCGAGGCUUUGUGCUCCAGUACUCAGUGGAUAAUAGUGAGGAGUGGAAGGACGUGUUAAUUGCUUCCGCAGAGCGCUCCUUCAAGCUGGGCAGCCUGAAAUGCGGGACCUGGUACAAGGUGAAGCUGGCAGCCAAGAACAGCGUUGGAGCUGGCCGCAUCAGUGAGAUCAUUGAGGCCAAGACCCACGGCAGAGAACCGUCUUUCAAUAAGGACCAACAUCUGUUCACCCACAUCAACUCCACCCAUGCCAGGCUGAGCCUGCAAGGCUGGAACAAUGGGGGCUGCCCCAUUGUAGCCAUCAUCCUGGAGUUCCGGCCCAAAAGCACCUGGGCUUGGCAGAGCCUGCGAGCCAAUUAUUCCAGUGAAGUCUUUCUGACUGACCUGCACGAAGCCACUUGGUAUGAGCUGCGCAUGAAAGUAUGCAACAGUGCCGGCUGUGGCAAUGAGACCCUGCAGUUUGCCACCCUGGACUACGAUGGCAGCACUAUUCCGCCUAUUAAGUCUGCACAAGGAGAAGGAGAUGAUGUCAAGAAGCUUUUCACCAUCGCUUGCCCUGUCAUCUUGGCCACACUUGGUGUGGCGUUGCUCUUUGUCGUUCGAAAGAAGCGGAAGGAAAAACGUCUGAAGCGUUUGCGAGAUGCCAAGAGUUUGGCUGAAAUGCUUAUCAGUAAGAAUAAUCGUAGCUUUGACACGCCUGUGAAGGGUCCUCCCCAAGGCCCUCGGCUGCACAUCGACAUCCCCCGGGUUCAGCUGCUCAUCGAGGACAAGGAGGGGAUCAAGCAGAUUGGAGAUGACAAAGCAACAGUCCCAGUCUCUGACCCAGAAUUCAACCAGACUGUCAAUCCACAAACCUUCUGCACAGGGGUGUCACUACACCAUCCAGCACUGAUCCAGAACACGGGGCCUUUGAUUGAUAUGUCUGACAUCCGCCCUGGCACAAAUCCUGUUUCAAGGAAAAGUGUGAAAUCUACACACAGUACCCGGAACAGAUACUCCAGCCAGUGGACUCUCACCAAGUGCCAGGCCUCCACGCCAGCACGGACUCUGGCCUCUGACUGGAGAGCAGUUGGCUCCCAGCAUGGCAUCACAGUGACUGAAAGUGACAGUUUCAGUGCUAGUUUGUCCCAGGACACAGACAAAGGCCGAAACAGCAUGGUGUCCACAGAGAGUGCCUCAUCCACUUAUGAAGAGUUGGCUCGGGCUUAUGAGCAUGCCAAGUUAGAGGAGCAGCUGCAGCAUGCCAAGUUUGAAAUCACAGAGUGCUUCAUUUCUGACAGCUCCUCUGACCAGAUGACCACUGGCACCAAUGAGAAUGCUGACAGCAUGACUUCCAUGAGCACUCCCUCUGAGCCAGGCAUCUGCCGCUUCACAGCCUCUCCUCCCAAACCACAAGACAGUGACCGCGGCAAGGGUGUAGCUGUGCCUAUCCCUCAUCGAGCAAAUAAAAGUGACUACUGCAACCUGCCUUUGUAUAUGAAAUCUGAAACGUUCUUCCGCAAGCCAGACCUUCAAGACCCUUGUCCUGUAGUGCCACCCCGGGAAGCCUCCAUACGAAAUCUGGCUCGGACCUAUCACACACAAGCCAGACACUUGACUUUAGAUGCCAGCAGCAAAGCCUCGGCUGCACCACACACAACUGCAGCCACCACCUUACCUCAGAGAACUCUUGCCAUGCCAGGCUCAGCCAGUGGUGCCCCUCCUGCUGCUCCCACUGUUGCUCCUGCCCCGGUCCCUGAACCUAGCCCGGGUCCUACUGCUGAGCCACGCUUGCCUACGCAUAGCAAAAUUGGGGGGUCCAAAGACUCACUAUUAGAAAUGAGCACAUCUGGCGUGGGGAGGCCACAGAAGCAGGGAACUGGUGCCUACUCCAAAUCCUAUACGCUGGUCUAGAGUGGGUAGGAAGGACAGAUGUGGCUCUUUCUCCAAGUCAU